CAGUCCGCGUACGUUCGCAACAACGUUUGACCGCAUUAAUGUGGCCGUGCAUCCGGAGCACCGCACACGUCCGCGGCCACGGUGCAAUCUCGUCGAUCGCACCGUAAAUCGCCAACAAUCAGAGAAAACGACGCGCGAUACAACGGGACGUCGCGAUCAACGCGACCACCGCGAUAUACAUAGGAGCCAAAGUGUGAACUCGAUCGUCCCGUUCGCGACGUUCCUCGUUGAUUUCAUUGUGGUGCGUGCUACUCCUUCUUCCCUGUGCUCCCCUCACGUCCCCCUCGUACUUCCUCUUUCCUUUUUCCCUCCGUUUUUCUCACUCUUUUGUUUAACAAACCCCGAUCUGAACGUGCCUCUGGCACAACCAGUCAUCCGCAAGCUCUGCCCGCACGCACACAUACGCCUCGCGUGUUCCUUAUUUCUUCUUUUCUUUCCACCCCCACUCGUCUAGUUUGUUCCGUGUCCGUUCCGUGUUCCCCUCUUUAUCUCUGAUCGCGGUGAAAUGCCCGUAACCGGUCGUGGCUCGCGACGACGACGAAGACGAGGCGGCUGUCGUUGGUGCACGGUUCCUUGACGAGCACGGGAUACGUGCAAACCGGCGCAUGCACUGCAGCCCCUGCUACUAUGAUAAUAACGAGAAAGGUGGCACGGUGGGCGCUCCUCCUGAAGCGAGAGGCGCUCGGCCGAACCUACGGUGCACAAAAGCGGUCAGAACAAGCACCCCGCGUUGCAACGGCGAUGCUGCCCCGUUCCGGCCGGGUAGAUGACAACAUCGACACCGACACCGACACCGACACCGUGGCCACCGACCUGCGGAGGACCAGCAGCUGCGUCGCGCUGGCGCUGCCGUUCCCAUACUACUAUCGCUACUGCCCUCGUGCUGGCAUCGCCGUCUCUCUGUUAAACCUGGACCGCCGCACGCUCGCUAAAGACCACGAGGACGACUCGUUGCUGCCGAUAGCGAGGAUCGACGACGACACGCAGCGAGCGGCACCGACGGCUACGACUACGACUCCAGCAGAAUCGACCGAACCGAACACGGCGGAGCAACAGGAAGCAGCGGUACACGGCGAACAGGAACGCGCGAACGCGCCGAGAGGAUUAGAAGAGGAGGUUACGGUGCUCGCGAGCGUGGACAGCAGCCGCCUUAACCGGCAUAAUAACGUGCCAGGUGCACGAUUUUGCGCGUGACCAACAGCCCCUACGCUGUUACGACGAGUCGACGAUAAUCGCGGGUGCGAUUCGUGCGGUACCGGUUAGCGCGUAACGGUUACGAGUGAAACGGGACGAUCCUCGUGCACGACAGUGAAAUCGCGACGAAUUAACGCGUCGAUCGCCGUUUUGCGAUCGGGGUCCAGCUCAGACGAGCUUCAUAUUACGGAGAUAUAACUCUCUCUCUCCCUCUCUCUCUCUCUCUCCCUCCCUCUCUCUCUCUCUCUCUCAGUCUCUCCCUUUCUCACUGUACGGGAAUUACGGAACGAAGUACGCGCGUGAUCUCGUAUCGUGGAUAUAAGCACAGUGUGUUUCUUUCUUUCUUUUUUUUUUGAACAAGAGUGCGCGUGUAGAGAAGUUUGACGGGUUCGAGUACCCGUGGCACGACCGCGAAUUUUUGAGAAGGUUCGUCGGCGAAGAGGAAGAGAGGUUACGUGUCUCGUUGUUGACGGUGCACGCGUGCCGAUCGACGACGGAGAAACUCCGGUCGUUCGUUAAAGGACACGCUGUGAACGCGUUGUCGAACGAGGAAGAAGCAUAGAAUACACACAUACACACACA